GCUCCAGCAACAACAAUCACUCUCACCAUCAGCGACAAGAAGAGACCAACUGAACAACUGAGCUCCAGUGGACACCAUGGCAUCUGCUCUCUCUGUGCGCUCAGUGCGGCAGCCCUCCUUCUCCAACAUCUCUGUGAGGGGCAGUGGACGCAGCAUCCGCUCCAAACCCUCUGUCUCCAAUCUUUCCUCGAUCGCCACUCUGUCGCGCUCCCUCUCUCUGGGCAAUGGCCUCAACGUGCUGGGCUCCAGCCUCUCCAAUGGCCUCAGCGUCAGCGAGAAGGAGACCAUGCAGGGCCUGAACGACAGGCUGGCCAACUACCUGGACAAGGUGCGGUCACUGGAGAAAUCCAAUGCUGAGCUGGAGGUGAAGAUCAAGCAGCUUAUGCUGGACAGAGCUCCAAAAGGGUACGACAUUGAGGGGAUGAUGGCACAGGCCCAUGCCAUUGGACAGGAGGUGAGAAAGAAGACACUGGAGAAUGCCCGUAUAAUGCUGGAGAUUGAUAAUGCCAAGCUGGCGGCUGAUGACUUCAGGGUCAAAUGGGAGGCAGAGGCCACCUUGUGCCAGUCAGUGGAGAGGGACUGUCAGGCUCUGAGGAGAGCAAAGUCAGACCACGACCAGAUCAUCGCCACUCUCCGAGGAGACCUGGACAGCCUGAAGGAGGAGCUCUACUUCCUCAAGAAGAAUCACCAGGAGGAAAUGAACUCCCUGAAGGCCCGUUUGGACAAUGAGCAGGUGAACGUGGAGGUGGAUGCGGCUCAAAGUCCUGAUCUUGGGGCCAUCUUGGCUGAACUCAGGGUCCAAUAUGAGGGCAUUGUUCGCAAGAACAAGGAGGAGGCCGAGUCUUGGUACCUGAAGAAGUUAGAGGCAGUACAGUCGGAGGUCAAAGAAAGCAACGAGGCUUUGCGUUGUGCCCAAAGUGAGCUCAGUGAGAGGCGGCGUUUCCUUCAGGCUCUAGAAGUUGAGCUUGAGAGCGUUCGUAAACAGGUUAGCGUGUUAGAGGGAAAUCUCGGAGAAUCGGGACACAAGUACUCUGUGGACAUGGACCGUCUUCAGGCCAUUCUGACACAGCUGGAGGAUGAGCUGUCUCAGCUGCGUUUGGACAUGCAGCGCAACAAGACUGACUACGAGCAGCUACUACGCAUCAAGCAGAACCUGGAGAUGGAGAUCGCCACCUACAGGAGGCUGCUGGAAGGAGAGGACAUGGUGAAAGAAACUCCCCCUCCACCUCUUAAAAAAGACCCCGAUGUGAGGACUAGGAAGAUUGUGAAAGUCGUCACUCAAACAAUGAUCAAUGGCAAAGUAGUCGAUGAGUCCAGCGAGGUGGAGGAGAUCGAGGAACGCAAAAAAUGAACCAAAGUGCAUCAGUACGGAAGCAAUGUUUCAUAAAGCAUUAGCUGACUGUGGAUCAAAUUAUUGUUUUCUUUAUUUACUUUAUUUAAUCACAGAUAAUAUUAGCCCUGUGAGGUUUAAAUAAUGGCUCCAGCUGUGACCAUACAGCUGUAUUUUGGAGAUAUAUAAAAAGAUCUUCUUUCCUAUAUAAUAGUCUUACAUAAUAAUAGUUUAUACACAUCACUUAAAAUUACUUUUUUGUUCCCACGAUUGCAAAGAAUAUGAAAAAAGAAGCAAAAAUGGCAUAUUCUUCUACCGUAGGGUUAGGGUUGUGGUGAUCAGCAGUGAUGAAUAAGACAUCACAAGAUUAUCACAUGUUAUUGUCAGUGUAUUGGAACAAGGCUGACCAGAUUCUUCUUCUUCAAUACUAAAAUAAGUCUGACUAAAGAUUUAUAAUUGCUUCCACACUUCUGAGGGUUACAGUCAGUUUAGAAAAUGAUGCACUGUGAUGGUCUUUGUUGUGCUUUUCAGUCUUUAAAUCAAAUCCAUGAAGUUUAAUUUUCUUAAAAUGUCUUUGAAAAGGUCAACCCAUUUUUAAUGCAACUUCUCGUCACUAUUUUCUAAAAUAAAAUGGAAUUACUGAUAUAUCCUAGUUCUGCAGCAUGAAAGAUUUUCACAUAUUUUUAGAAAUUAUUAAUUAAGACCCAGUUAUGCAAAUAAUAUACAUAAAAUGUUCUUUUUCCAGUAUCAUCACAGGUGGCAAAAGUAUUCUUUAUGUAAAUAGAAGUACAGAAACCUGUGUUUAAAAAGUACUCCGGUAAAAGUGCAGGCUCUGAGAUGUACUAAAAGUACUUUUAGAGGAUAUUUCUACCAGCGAUUUUUGUGCAAAGCUAACUGAAGCUUGUAGUAAUAAUAAUCAUCAUCAUCAUAAAAUUAUGUUAGUAUGUGAGACUACAAACAAAAUUCCAAUCUGUAUUCCAAUUCUAAUGAAUGUAGUCAGCUUGAAUCUGUUAUGUAGGACACAUCAUCAUCUGCCUAAAAUCAAAUUUGCUACACUGGAUGUAACCCAAUUUGACCAUGAACACAACAGUCCAACACUGGUCCAACACACUGCCUCACUGUAAAUCCAUCAGCGUAACACUGAAAAAUCUGAAUUAGUUAGUUUACCUCAGUGUGUUUCGCAGGAUGUUUCAAAAAAUAUGAAAGUGUAUAAUUUAUCAGAACACAUCAUAAACAGACCCACUGUUUGAUUAAAAAUGAUACUAUAAAACAUGAUAGUAACAGUUUACAAUUUUCAAAUAUCACUGAGCAGUCCUUACCUUUAAAUAUAACCCCUGUUCUUCCUCUUCUGUCCUGUCUUUCUUACGUCGUUCUCCAUCUCUGGGCAGCUUUAGCUAGCACACACACUGCCCGCAAACAGUUUGUGUUGAUAUUUGUUGAGCUGUUAGAAAAGUUUCUUUUGAAAUUAUCUGCCACAGCAUGUUAUUCCCGUUAUGCUGUCAUAGAUGACUUUGCUCAAAUUGCAUUAAAAUGAAACAUCCAGGAAAAAACAUGAUCAUGUAUUUUUGCAGUUUCCAAUAUUUUAAAGGUUUAAUAUAUGUGAAAAGUGAAAAUGAAAGUAUUUCCUAAACUUUAAAUCCUUUCUUUUGAUCAUCACUGGAGGCUAAAUGUGUUUAAAUAUUUGUCUUAACUGUGCCAAUAAUGUCAUUCAUAAAGUGACUGUACCAACUCUGUUAUUGUGUGAUAGUUUCACUGUGAAAAACUACUGAAAGUAUUGUUAUGUACUUUUAAUAUCCAAAUAAACAUUUUAACCAAAGCGGCUUUACAGUGCCAAUAAA